AUGCCGGGUAAGAGAGGAGCACGACAAGCGAGCGUGCCCCAUGGCGGCGGCGGCCAGCGCCAGCAGCAGCAGACGCGAUCACGUAGGAAAGAGGGACGAAAGCAAGGCAGCAAACGGCAGAGAGACCAGCACGUAGGUACCUCGUCAUCUCUUGUCAUCUCCGACAGCUUGCCUUGCCUUGCCUUGGCUUGCCGCAGCUUGGGCCGGGCGAGAAGCAACAUCUUGCGCAUCCCAUUGUAG